AUAGUUAUCUACAAUAUGUUACAAAAUGAGAUGAAACUGGAAAAAGUCUAUGUGCCGAAUGAAGCCGAUAUGGAUGACCACGAGGACCGAAUGUCUACAGAGUUAUUGGAACCGCCAUAUCAUCGUCCCUCUUCCACCUCAACUCAACUUUCACAAAUCCGUGACUCACCACAUUCAGAUGAGCGCAACACCACCAUUACAGAUUAUGCCGAAACGACCAUGAAUGAGCUUUUAGGAAUGUACGGAUAUGACAAGGUCAGUCACCAGGAAACGCAGAACCUGAAUCUCGAACGCUACACAGCAUCGUCAACGCCUGACACUUCCAUCCAAGGAAUGGAUGAUUGUCAUGGCGACAGUGAUGAUGAAAGUUCCGAUGCUCCCAGCAUAGGAGCCGAAAGGAAAAGCUCUUCGAAUGGGGAGACAACUCUAGCAGCCCAACAUAGAAAUUUGGUCUCUGCACUGAAUAAACGACUUUGUCAUGAUUCAGGGGGAGCCUACAACAAAGAGAAUUUGCCGUCUGGUUACAUUAUCUGUGCCUGGUGCCAGAAGCCCGGUCUCAAGUUGUUCACUCUAAAGACAUUGAAUGGUUCGAAAGUCUUUUGUAGCGAGGUCUGUUUCACUCAGUGCCGCCGUGCAUCAUUCAAGAAAAACAAAAUUUGUGACUGGUGCAAGCAUGUCCGUCAUACAGUGAACUACGUUGACUUCCAGGACGGGGAGCAGCAAUUGCAGUUCUGUAGUGAGAAAUGUCUCAAUCAAUACAAGAUGAACAUUUUCUGUCAGGAAACCCAGGAACAUUUGCAACAGAUCCAGUCGUCUUUGGACACCAAUUCCUCUUCUAAUGGUGUUCCUGAUGACAAACAGAUUCUCAUUACUCCAGACCUCUGGUUACAAGAAGAUAUUGCACGGCGCAGUAAAAAGCUGAGAGUUUCUGAUGAAGCUAGGAACAUUAAUAAAGCGAAAGACUCUACUGAGAAGCAUAAAAACCUGUCCAGUCAUAUCGACAAUCCAGAAAGUUCAGCUUCAUCCAAUUCACAUGAUAAACAUGCUGAUAAGUUCAAUGUAGAUAAGUCCCUUAAAGAAAGAUUAGUUAAACGGAUUCACAAAGACCCUCCUAGCCACACAACGAGUCCAGCAGUGACCCCUUUACCAAAGCGUCCACCUCAGCCACCAGCACAACUAAUCCCACCCAUGUUUCCCACCCCUGCAGCCAUGAAUAACUGGUGGCACCAAGCACAGAUGAUGGCCUCCCUUGGACCGAGUUAUCCAGCUUUUGGUGGAUUUCCUCCAAUGGUUUACCCAGGGGUCUUUAAUCCUCCAUAUACUCCCAUCAUGCCAGGUACUGCUGCUCCACCCAUACCUGAAACCUCUCGACCCCACAGUCGCCACGUCAGUAAUGCCUCUUCAACACCUGGUCCGUCUAUCACACCAAAUGCCUCUGCUUCCCCUGAUAUCUCUCAGACACACUCUCAGAGCCCUAAUGUGGUCCCUAACACAUCAAACAAAGCUUCAACAAUUCCUAGAACUCACCACUUCCUACCCCCAAUGUGGCCACCUGGAUACCCCAUGAUGCCCUUUCCUCCACCCCAGAUGACCCAGUCAGGUGACACUAGCACUGCCCCUGGCCCAAACCCCACUAUGCCUACUUUCCCAAUGCCGGCCCCUAACUGGACAUCCUUAGGUAUCCCUCCUCAGACAGUUAUUAUCCCUUUUCCUUUCCUCAUCCCUCUACCGUUUCCGGUACCAAUCCCUAUUCCUGUACCAAUGAAAGCAGAACAGAUUGAGAAGUUAUUGAAGCAGACGUCCAGCACCUCGACGACGACGACGACCAACAACAACAACAACAACAGCAGCAGCAGCAGCCAGAAGGAAGAGGAAACAUCUUCGGAAUGUGAAGAUGUCAAACCUCGGAAUCUAACAGAACAUCUCAGUCUGAACCAGAACUACAAUAUGAACGGCAACAGAAGUAGCAGCAGCAGUAUCAGCAGCAGCAACAGUAUGGAGAUGACGGUGCAGAUGCGCAACCGCAUGGCAACGACAGUUGGUAAAAAUGUUCCAAAAGAGUGUGUCACAUGCGCAUCGUUCCAGACGCCAAGCAAAAGCAACUUGUUGCCACGGCCAAGCUCUGUGUUAUCCAUCAAGAGUGACUCGCACUUGUUACAGUCAGAGAUGAUCAAUGUAAAACGUCCACCAACUCCGGCCAGUGUUGGUUCUCUUGACUCUCCAAAGAAAGUACGUCACGAGUUGAUGACUAAUUCUGACUAUUCUAUAAAUGAUGAAGUGAUAGAUUUGUCCAAGGACAGCGGUCGAGAGAGCAUUUCCAGAGAUAUUCACUCACCUCAUAUACAAACAUUAAAAAAACAGAAAGCAACUUCCAGCUCUGUCCGUUCCCUCUCAGUUCCUCCUUUAUCUGUCUCAGAGACUUCAGAUUCACACUUAGCUUUACAUGUCCCAAAAAUCCACAUUGUUUCCACACCCAAAGACCCGCCUCUGUCCCAACAGCUGCCCUUACCGCCCACUGAUCAUGCCUAUUCGCUGCGGCGUGGUCUGAUACUGGACGCUCCCAGUGUGCCAAAGCGACCAAAGAGCCCUUCCCCAGAAAGAAGGAACUACAUCCGCAGUAUGCCACGUGAUAUCAUGGAAGCACGUCGGUGUCUGCGAACAAGAAUUAAAACCAAAUGAACCAUAAUGCAACUCACCCAUGAUCAAAACAGACUGAACAAACAAUUAUAUAAUACAGUUCUUAUCACAAGGAUGCUGGGUGCCAGAAUCUAUAGCGAUGUCCCUUAACAUUCUGAGAUCAAACCACACACCACUGUCAACUUUUUUCCAAGGUCGAUACAAUCAAUUACCAGUUAAAUACUGAGAUGAAAAUUCAAUCACCCACGCCAACCUUCAAAAUCUAGCCUUGGGCCUACAUUAGAAAUAAUCAGUAUUAUUAUUAUUAUUAUUAGCACUAAGACAGUGAGUUUGCAGAAACGGUAAGGCACCAGACUAAAUGCUUCAUGGUAUUUAGAUUAUUUUUUAUCCCUCCAUCUACAUUCUGAUAUCAGAUCUCAUUGAGGUCGACUUUGCCUUUUAUCACUCCAGGUGGCGGAAGGGUGAGGGAUGGUCAAUAAACUAAAAUACCAGUUAUGUACUGGAGUUCUUUCAAUCAAUUAUACCUCCUUCCACCCCACCACUUGCCUCAAACAAUUGGCCUCAUGCCUCACUAAUAAAUCAUUAUUGUUAUUACUAUCAUUAUUAUUAUUAUUAUCAUGUCACCAAAGACUAAGGUCUUUCACUCCACGUACACAAUUUAUAUGAAUACACAGCAAAAGCAACAACAACAACUACCACUACAGUACAUUGAACAAAGAAAUUAAGUUCUUAGUUAUUUUUAAGCUGUGGAAACUGGUUGGUUCUUCCAGAGGAAAAUUUCAUCAAAUUUUGCAGACAAAAUCUUCAGCAACCACAAUACCUAUUCCAUCUCACAGAACUUAAACAUAAAAUUUCUACUGUGGAAAAACAGUUAUAUAUUAAUUUGGGGAAAUACCAAAUUUAUUUUUGUUGUUUUAAAUCUUGUUGAGUAUUUUUGUUUUUCUUUCUUUUUUUUUUGUAUAUUUAAAAAAAAAAAGAAGUCAAGUCAGAAGAGGGAUUUUUUGGUUGUUAUAGUGGGUGUGUCAUAGUGGGCGUGUCUGUGGGAGGGAACAACCUCACCAGCCAUUCACCACACCCCAACUCAGCUAACCACUCCUUCCUCCCACCUCCACUUCAAACACAGUUUAUGACAUAUUGGGUUUUCUUUUUUAUAGCCUUUAUUUUCUCUUUAAUUUCAGAAACAUGGCUAAUGUAUAUUUAAUAUAUCAAAUAUUGCCUUAUUUUUUUUUGUUUUUUUUUUUUAUUGUUAAGGCAGUGAA